GAAACACAGCAAAAAGGGGUCUGCAGGAAGCAGAAGCUUGAAGCUUGGCAUGUUAAAUGGCAGAGCCAGAGGAUGGAUGAGUUGGUCUGCCUGAGAGCUGAACUUUUUUCCAAGAAUAAGAGUACCACAUGUGGCAUAUAGAGAUUGUUUGCUUAUGCACGACAAAAAACAUCUGCACCUUUUUUUUUUUUCCCCUAAAUAAAUCCAUGGGAGUUUUUCCACUUGACUUUGCACUAGGUCCACCAAAUAUUUGCUUUUUAAAAUAAAGAGACAAAGGGAGCAAGAGAAGGCUUAAACCACUUCUUUCCUGCUUACGCACUGGCCUUGUGUGUAUGGAUAACCUCAGAGGGACCUAUUCUUCACCAGGAGGAGAGCCCCAGGUUACACACCAGACACGUGCCAGGGGUGGCUUGGCAUUUCCCCCAGUCAACAUGGUCCUGUUCUUAUCUAACUGGGGUGGCUGUACUCAGUGAGACCACUUGAAAGGCACAGCAAAAGCAGGCUGGACAAGUGAUGCUACAUGCAUAAGCAGAUACUAUCAGUUAUGAGCUGUGUGGACAUAAAACUUAAGAAUGCAAUUCCUAAAGUUGCCUUUCAGAUGACCCUAUGCAGCUACCCAAAAAAAAAAAUAAAAUCUAUUGCACCAUAUUUAAGGAAACCACAGUUUCUUCAUAUAAGCAGCACGGAUUACUUGUAAGUCCAGAAAAAUCAGCCACCUCCCAAAAGCAACCCAAAGAAGACUUUGUGGAGAAGCAAUCUCAGGAAUGAACGUGCCAAGAUGCUGCAAAAGGGACCAGGAACCAGUGAGGAAGUUUGGCAGAAAACAAAACCUGCAUGAGCUGUAGCAGACAUGGAGGAAUCAUUCACAGUGACAGCUUUUUAAAAAAGGAUUAAAAAAGGUGUAAUAUUAAUAUAGGUAAACACUAUGCCAUGAUCAAAAAGAAAGAGUCCUACCAUAUAGCAGUGAAAAAAUAGCUAAAGCCUUGAAAACAGUGAAAAGGAAGGCUGGCUUUCAUUCUCAAAAACACCACCUGAACUACAGGAACAUCCUAGAAAAAAAGAAAAGGUACAGAGAGCUCAUCUGCAUGUUCUGCAUCAUCUAGGAGGAUGUAAAAUGAAAAAUGAACAGGAUAAUUCUAGGAGGCCAUGAUUGAUGAUGACCGUGACUUCUCAGCUAGGUUUUACCUGCUGGCACUCCUGCAUGACCAUUGUAAAUUUUGCACAAGAUCCCGAAGAGGCUUGUAUCCAAGAAGGAACAGUUCCUGAGUAGUUUUCACGAAGGUCUGACCAAACUGAAGUACUUGUGAUCAUGGGCUCAGUAAGGUUUAGAAAAGCAGACAUCAAGAGAUCUUCUCAAAAUGGGGAAUAAGAAGAUGGAAGUUUCUCUCUGACCCCAGAAACCAGUAUGAUCUGAAAAUCCAAUGUCCUGACAUAGCUGUCACAACAAUACCUCUAAGGAAAGCCUUGACAGAUGAAUUGGUGCUUCAAGAACACCCUCUGAAGUUGUAGAGCAGGCACUAAUGGAAGCCCCUUUGCAAACCUCCAUUCACCAGUGCCAUGAAAAUGGUCAAUGGAUGUCACAAUUACCAGAGAAGCUCUGGGAUGUUCCCCUCUAUAACUUAGCCCUUCCAGGGAGUCACGACACUAUGACCUACUGCUUGGAUAAAACCUCUACUGUUAGUGGCAAUGAAUCCAAGCUGGUGAAGUUCUUGAACAAAUGUAUGCCCUGCAUUGUGCAUCCCAUUAUCAUGAAGUGGUCCACGACACAGGUGCUGACUGUGACGGAGCAACUAGAGGCUGGAGUUAGAUAUCUGGAUUUUAGGAUUGCCCACAAAGCUAAUGAUCCAUCUAUGAAUUUGUACUUUGUGCAUAUGGUUUACACAACUGUUACUGUACAGGAUAUUCUCUGGGAAGUGUUAAGGUGGUUGGAAACUCAUCCUCAGGAAGUCGUUAUCUUAGCCUGCAGGAAUUUUGACGGAUUAACCAGGAGACUUCAUUGUCAUCUUAUUUCCUGUAUAAAAGAGAUUUUCCAGUGUAAACUGUGUCCCAGAAACGUGGUGCCGACGCUGCGGACCCUGUGGCAGCAUGGCCAUCAGGUGAUAGUCUCCUACGAGGAGGACGUGGCAGUGGAGGAGCACUGUGAGCUGUGGCCCGCCAUCCCAUACUGGUGGGGAAACAAGACUGCCACUUGUGCCCUUAUCCAGUAUUUGGAGCGCAUGAAGCGGAUGGGCCGUCCAGAAAAAUUCUUUGUAGCAGGGAUUAACCUUACAGAAAAUUUAAGGUACAUUCUCGUACACCCAUUUGGAUCACUGAAGAAAAUGACACUCCAGAGUCUUCCGUGCUUGAAAAUCUGGAUAAAGCAGCAGUAUCCAGGACCAAAGAAAGAAUGUGUUAACAUCAUCGCUGGAGACUUCAUAGGAAAUGAUGAUUUUGUCAAAGAUGUGAUAGAACUUAACACAAAAAUAAAUACUCCAUUACGCUGUCAAAGUAAAGGGGCUGGAACAAAUACCAUUUCAUCCUCAACUUCUUAAUCUGUGAAAAGCUGAAAAGGCUUUGUCUUCCAUUUAAUGUGCCCUGGUUUAAGCAUCCUGGAUCCCAGAAAGGUCCAAUUAUCUUAAACCAGGGAUGAUUUAAAGACUUAGUAAGAAAAGUGCUCUCACCAUCAUCAGGGUUUCAAGGCCUUUUCACAGAAAAGAGAGCAGGCAGACCUGGCUGAAGUCUCUAAAAAACUAUGGUAUAGGUAUAAUUUACUGGAGGUGCUUAGAUUCUGUAGCAGCAGUUGGCAAUAAUGAAAGUCCCAAGAAUCCUAUUUUAUUUUACGUAUGAGCACAAAAAAGAAAUACGUCAGUAGGUGCAUGAAUUAUUUUGUGAUAAGAUUUUACCUUUCUUAUAAUUGUAAAUAUACUCUGUGCUACUUGCAAUCCCAGACGUCAAUAUUUUAUAUCAGCACAAAAAUGACUUGUCUGUUUUCAUAGUUUGUGUUAAAUAUACAAAAGAAACAGUUUAAAAAUAUUUUGAGCGAUCAAAGAUAUGGUAUUGACAAUCCUAUCUGACAUGAUUUAUAUGUAUGUACACUAAUACAUCAUUAACAUUAGAGAUCUAGUAGCGGCUGCCUGUUGUUACAGGCCAAGUAUGAGUUUGUGAGCCUGUUAUCAACAGGUUGGUCACAAAAUUCUUUAUGAUUUGUAAAAGGUACAUGUAUUUGAACACUCAUUGCUCGUGCCAGUUCUGCAGUGAUGAAGAUACCAAAACUAGGCCCCUAGAGAGUUUUGUCUGUGGUAAUGAAAUCUGUUCUAUUAGGUGUUGCCAAAAUACACCUUACAUUGAAAAUAAACACGUAUGAAAAAAAUUCCUUAUCUAAACUCAGACUGCUCUAAAAAUACAGAUUCUUGGCUUCUGUCACACUUAUUUGGGGCUUCACAACUGGUCUUUUAUUUACCUGUUUUAGUAGCUCUAUAGUUAUUUUUCCUCUCAACAAGUGAAGUAUUUUUUGCUUAUGUAAAAACCAAGGAUUUUAUGUUGUUUGCCACUGCAUAUUAAUGCUAUUUUUCUAUUUUUUUUUUUAAUGAACUGUGCAAUAACAGAUGAUCAUGAAGGUAAGAGAAAUGGCAAGCAUUGGGGCUAAAACAAACCCAGGCCUUGCAUGAAGUUCACUAUGCAGCUUCAUCCAUAUACCUCACUUCUUAGAUGCACUUUAUAUGCAAAAGCUGAGUUCAAAUGUCUGGCAAGAUGUUAUUGUUUGCAGGAGUUUGAAAUCAACUGCUACUUGAUAGCAGGUCAAACUCAGCCUAGACUUCUCAGCACGAAAGGCUAAGAUGCUACCUCCUCAUGCAGUCUCAUAUGUAGGAGUAAACACCCAAAUAUUCCAUGUUUUUUUUUUCACAGUGCUUUUUAUCCUUGUUCUUACCUCUACGUACUUUAUACAUAGUCAGAAUGGUUUUCUGCCUGUCUUUUGUACCCUCAAGUGGCUUGUUACUCUUGUCUAAUAAAUAUAAAUAAUGGA